AUGUUGCCAUGGCUGAUGACCGCCUGUAUUUAUCCGUGUGUGCUCGGUCCCGACUUCUGGGGACUCGUCAAUCGGGAGUGGCGCAUGUGCACAAAGGGACAAAUGCAAUCACCGGUCAACAUCGAUCCAUCACUCUUGCUCUUUGAUCCACAUCUGCAUGGAAUCCAUGUUGAUAACGUCCAGGUUGAUGCCCUUCUGGAAAACAUUGGCCAGUUGCCGAUCGUCACGUUGAACAACAGCAAGCUGACGGUGAAUAUCACGAAUGGCCCCGCGGCACCGUAUCGAUAUCGGCUUCAUCAGAUAAUCGUUCACUUCGGCAAAACGGACGGCGGUGAGAAGGGCUCCGAGCACACGAUCGAUCGCGUGCGUUUCCCGGCCGAGAUUCAACUGUUAGCUUACAAUUCCGAGUUGUAUGACAACUUCACGCAAGCACUCUCCAAACCGAGGGGCCUCUUGGCGAUUGGGAUCAUUGUUGAUAUCGGUCAUACCACGAAUCCAGAGUUGAGAAGGCUCACCGUCGCCUCGCAAAGCAUCACUUAUAAAGGCACAAAAACCCCGCUAACGCGUUUCCAUCCAGCGGCGCUGUUGCCUCGAACGGCUCACUAUGUCACUUACGAUGGUUCACUUACUUUCCCAGGCUGUCACGAGACGGUCGUCUGGGUGAUCAUGAACAAUCCGAUCUACAUCACCAAAGAUGAUUUGGCCAUUUGGAAUGAGCUGCAAAAGACGGAAACGAAACAGUCCGAGCCCUCCUACAUGACGCCUGCAUAUCGACCACUGAAAGCGCUAAAUGGCCGGCUGAUUCGAACAAAUAUCAACGUUAGCUAUAAGCAAGAAUCCCCGGCGACUUGUCAAUCGAAUCUCUACACAGAGAUGGGCUAUCGGGCGAACGCUCGCCCUAUCAUGAACAACUCGAUUCAUAAGAGGGAACUCAUGGAACAAGAGGUUCUCUCGUGGGACUCGUUGAGCCCCGUC